CGUCUAGCCGAUCCGGAACGAUGGCAAAGAUCCUUUUCUUGGUAGCAUCUCUGCUCAUUUUCAGCAACAUCUUCGUCGCCUAUUCUGCAUUUCCUCCCAGCCUUAUUGUAGACAUUGCUAAGAUCCUCCUGGACAACUACUGCUCUCCAGAGAAGAUGGUGGGCAUGCAACAAGCCAUCGAUGCAGCCAGCACAAACACCGAAAUCUUAAGCAUCCCGGAUCCAGAAACCAUGGCGAACGUGCUCACCGCAGGGGUUCAGAGCACCAUCAAUGACCCACGUCUUAAGAUCACCCAUGAGCCAGAGUAUUCACCAGUUGUUGCCCCACAGAUGCCCCCGCUGCCCCCCGAGCAGCUCAUCGCCGUCCUCCAGAGCUCCAUCAAACUCGACAUCCUGGACGGCAAUAUCGGCUACCUCCGGAUCGAUCACAUCCUCGCGGAGGACGUGGCGGAGAAGAUCGGCGCUUUGCUCCUUGAACUGGUCUGGAAUAAAAUCCUGCCCACCACCGCGCUGAUCUUCGACAUGCGCCACACCAGCAGUGGAGAUAUAACAGGGAUCCCCUACAUCGUGUCUUACUUCACCGACGCUGAGCCCCUGAUCCACAUCGACAGCGUGUAUGACCGCCCCUCCAACACCACCAAGGAGCUAUGGUCCAUGUCCACGCUGCUUGGGGAGAGGUACGGCAGCGACAAGCCCAUCGUCAUUCUCACCAGCAGGAACACCAACGGGAUCGCCGAAGACGUCGCCUACUGCCUGCAACACCUCAAGAGGGCCACUGUCGUCGGCGAGAAGACCGCCGGGGGCUCGGUCAAAAUCGACAAGAUCAGGGUGGCCGACACAGACUUUUACAUCACCGUGCCGACCGCAAAGUCUGUCAACCCCAUCACGGGCGCCACGUGGGAGGUCAAAGGCGUCACCCCCGAUGUUGAGGUGAACGCCGAAGACGCCCUGGCAACCGCCAUCAAGAUCCUCAACAUCAGGGCCCAAGUGCCCGCCAUUAUUGAAGGCGCCGCCAACUUGAUCACAGAGAAGUAUGCCUUUGAGGCCGCAGGAGACGAGGUGGCAGAGAAGCUGAAAGUGCUGCUUGCCACCGGGGCGUACAACAGGGUCAACUCCAAGGCGGAGCUGGAGACCAAGCUCUCGGCAGAUCUCAAGAGCCUGUCUGGGGACAAGGGCCUAAAGACAACGAGCAACAUCCCCGCCCUUCCACCAAUGAACUAUACCCCGGAGAUGUUCAUUGAGCUGAUCAAGGUGUCUUUCCAUACUGACGUGUUUGAGAACAACAUUGGCUAUCUGCGCUUCGACAUGUUCGGAGACUUUGAGGAGGUCAAGGCCAUUGCCCAGAUCAUCGUCGAGCAUGUCUGGAACAAAGUUGUCAACACUGACGCCAUGAUCAUUGACCUCAGGAACAAUGUUGGUGGCCCCACUACGGCCAUAUCUGGCUUCUGCUCUUACUUCUUUGACGCAGACACGAAGAUCCUGCUUGACAAGCUGCAUGACCGACCUUCUGGAACCACCAAGGAGCUGUGGACCCUUCCCGAGCUUACUGGCACAAGGUACGGCACCAAGAAGAGCCUGAUCAUCCUGACCAGCGGCGCCACCGCCGGUGCGGCCGAGGAGUUCGUCUACAUCAUGAAGAGACGCGGCCGUGCCAUGAUCGUGGGCGAGCCCACCUCCGGCUCCUCCCACCCGGCGGAGACCUUCCGCGUGGGGGACAGCGACGUCUUCCUCGCCGUCCCCACCGUCCACUCGGACAACACCGCCGGGCCGGCCUGGGAGGGCACCGGAGUCACCCCCCACAUCCCCGUGGCGGCCGAGGCUGCGCUGGGUACGGCCAAGGCCAUCUUCAACAAGCACUUUGGAGGCCAGAAGUGA